AUGAGGCUGAACAUGCAAAGGGACUUUGGUGCUGCUGUAGGGCACCCUAGCCAGAGAGGGACACCUGUCUCUCAACCUAAAAAUCGCUGUCUUUUGGUCUGCAAACCUAUCAUCAGCACCAUCCCUCUUUCUGAAAACCCUGUCACCAUGAGAGUGAGAGCCAAACUCCUGGGAUUGCUACCAACCCUUCAUCAAACCAUUCUUCUAGCAAACUGA